AUGGAGCACGCGAUGUUCAUGGCUUGUGUACUCGCCGGAACCAUCCUGGGAGUGUUAAACGACGUCGUCGGAGUCGAGAUUUUAUCUAAAUCAAAGCUAGAGAAGUGUGAGAAGACAAACGAUUCAGGGAAUCUCAACUGCUCAACUAAAAUCGUCUUGAAUCUCGCCGUUCCUAGUGGAUCCAGCGGUGGAGAGGCUUCGAUUGUAGCGGAGAUCGUGGAGGUUGAAGAUAACUCGAGUACAAACAUGCAAACCGUACGGAUCCCACCGGUCAUUACAGUGAACAAAUCAGCAGCAUAUGCUCUCUAUGAUCUAACUUACAUUAGGGAUGUGCCUUAUAAACCUCAAGAGUUUCACGUUACGACUCGAAAGUGUGAACCAGAUGCUGGACCAGAUAUUGUUGAAAUAUGCGAGAGGCAAAAGCAAUCUUUUUCUUUUCUUUUAUAUAUGUUACGUGAUGAAAAAGGCAACGUUCUAGUUCAGACUCAGCCUGUCUGUUGUCCAUGUGGACCGCAACGAAGAUUGCCUUCAUCUUGUGGAGAUGUCUUUGAGAGAUUGAUAAAAGGGAAAGCAAACACUGCACACUGCCUUCGUUUCCCAGGUGACUGGUUCCACGUUUUCAGCAUUGGACAACGGUCUCUAGGGUUUAGCGUGCGUGUGGAGUUAAAGACAGGAACUAGAGUUUCAGAAGUGAUCAUUGGUCCUGAAAAUAGGACAGCGACUGCAAAUGAUAAUUUCCUCAAGGUUAAUCUCAUAGGAGAUUUUGCUGGUUACACAAGUAUUCCUUCUUUUGAAGACUUCUAUCUUGUAAUCCCAAGAGAGGCGGCUGUGGAGGGACAACCAGGGAGCUUAGGUGGAAACUACUCAAUGUGGAUGCUGCUUGAGAGAGCGAGAUUUACAUUGGAUGGCAUAGAGUGUGAUAAGAUCGGUGUUGGUUAUGAAGCUUUCAACAACCAACCAAGUUUCUGCGCUGCACCAUACUGGAGUUGCUUGCAUAAUCAACUAUGGAACUUCCGUGAGGCCAAUGUGAACAGGAUUAACAGACACCAACUUCCCGUCUAUGGACUAGAAGGAAGAUAUGAGAGGAUUAAUCAACAUCCAAACUCAGGGCCUCACUCGUUUUCCAUUGGAGUCACGGAAACACUCAACACAAAUUUAAUGAUUGAACUAAGAGCUGAUGAUAUUGAAUAUGUUUUCCAAAAGAGCCCUGGUAAGAUCAUCAACAUUGUUAUCCCGACAUUCGAGGCACUUUCACAAUUUGGAGUUGCUGCAGUCACUACCAAGAAUACUGGUGAAGUAGAAGCUUCUUAUAGCUUAACGUUUGAUUGCUCUAAAGGUGUAGCUUUCGUCGAGGAGCAAUUCUUCAUUAUAAAACCAAAUGAGGCUACAACUCGAUCCUUUAAGCUAUACCCUACCAAAGAUCAGGCUGCAAAAUAUAAAUGCACAGCUAUACUUAAGGAUUCUCAGUUCAGUGAAGUAGAUAGAGCAGAGUGUCAGUUCAGCACGACAGCUACCAUACUAGACAACGGAACUCAGGUUACUAAUCCAUUUCAAAUUCCAGAGACUAGUCCUAAAGGUUUCUUUGAGUCGAUUAGGCUCAUAUGGACAAAACUCAUGAAUGGUUUUGUCGAUUUCAUCACAGGAGACAGUUGCAGCAGAAACAAAUGCUCAAGUUUCUUCGACUUCAGUUGCCACAUUCAAUACGUUUGCUUAAGCUGGAUGGUUAUGUUCGGCCUCCUCCUCGCUCUCUUUCCAACCACUUGUGUCCUUUUCUGGCUGUUACACCAAAAGGGACUCUUUGAUCCAUUAUACGAUUGGUACGAAGAUCAUUUUGAUUAUCAUCAUAGGUUAGUGCACACUAGAGAACACGGUGUAAACCACCGCCAUCAUCAUCACCGUCCUCACCAUCUCCAACUUCGCCAUGGUGUCAAAACGCAUAAACAUCAGCGUAGGACACAACAGAGACACAAACACCAUCAUCGUCAUGGGCAGGAGGACGACGUUUUGCAAAAGAUGCUUGAACGUACUGACCACAAGGAGGCGCACUAUUACCAACAACUCCACCGAGUCCAUAAAGACGGCAAGCAGAAGCAGCGUAGACACGGAGGCAAGCACGGGAUAGUCAUGUCACGUGAUGUGCACGCUGACAGACGUAGGAGGGAAAGGCUAAAGGAGGAGAUUUAA